AAGAUUUAUACUUGGGCCCUAAUUGGGAGUUGGCAUCGCCGGGAUUGACGAGGAUGGCUGGUGUUGACGCCAGCUUACAGAUGCCGAUGGAGGAUCGACGCUAGGAUUGACGAUGAUGGCUGGUGUGGAUGGAGGCCUACCGAUCCCCAUGGUGGAUUGAUGGCAACAACAAGGCUAGUGGGUUGGCGAUGGCAAGGUUGGCAUUUGCCUGGUAGUGGUCAGGGACACUGAGCAGAGGUGAGCGACAAGUGCACAACAAAGAUGGGAGGCUAAGAUGGCUACGACGGGGAUGACAAUGAGACGCUGUGACGCGCUGGACCAGGUGGAGGGGGUGACCUGUCUGUGUUUGUUUCUAAUGUAACGCGUAUACGAAGACUACCAAUGGCAGAGAAGGCAAAAAGAAGAAGAGAUGAUGAUAAUGAAGGAUAAGCCAUCGAUAGUGGCAAUGGGUAACGACAGUCACAGGGGGUGAAAGACAGUCCAAAAUGGUGUUGCUUGAAGACCCAAUUAGCCAAGAGAAGCAUUACCUUGAGAUGAGAAAAAAUGCCACCAUAGAGAAAGCUUCUAAAUCCAUCUCCACGCUCAGCUUGGAAGUCGGUAGCCUCGCAGGGACAUUUCAUGGUGCUUAUUUUAGCUUGAAUAAUGGAAAAGCAAAGAGGACAAAUGAUGUUUGUUGGAAUUAUUCUUUGGUGCUUUACUGUGAACUUUGUAAUAUGGUCAAGAACUCGAAAAACAAUGUUCUUCCUUUCCCAAACAUAACCAAGUUGAGAAUGAGUUUGUUGAUAAUAGCUUGUACUGCCAUAGAUAAGAUGUAUCUAAAAGAAGGGCGUUCAUUGUUAUUGAGCUUGAGAAACAGCAAGAAAUCACUCCCCUUCGUUCUCAACACGAACCCACAUCAUAAUCUCGAUCCCCAAUACGAAAGAAGCCAUCCUCUUCUCAAAGAGUCCCAGGUAUUGACGAGGUUAGAGAAUGAGCCCAGCAUUUCAAUAGCUCUAGACUACUUCAAGUCGAUUGCCAAUUCAAAAGCCUUCAGACAUACUGCGCUAACGUACAGAACCAUGAUUCGGAGGCUGGGUGAUGAAGGCAAUGUUGAUGGCAUUCAGUAUCUUCUUCAUCAGAUGAAAUUAGAAGGACUUCAUUGUAAUCCCGACUUGUUUGUGAACAGCGAGGUGUAA